CGAACGUGUGAUGCGCGAGUGAGUGCCGAGUGUAGUGGGGCGUCGGCCCAAUCGUUCGCUAUUUGAAAACAUAAAAAUUGAUCCCCAGAUGGGAGUGUACGAGGAGAGGGCGGCGAUGCACUGGCAACAGAGUGAGAGGUACAUAUCGUCAUACGAAGGAGGUGGGGAUCUAUCGCCCGUGGCGCCGGCCACGUCGCCGGGCUCGCCUCGGGACUGCACCUCGUGUCGGAAGCGGGAGCCGGACGGGCCGGAUGCGCCCCGACCGCCGCUGGACGACCCUUGCGCCGGCUGCGGCGCUCGCAUCACCGAUAGAUACUACCUGCUGGCGCUGGAGAGACGCUGGCACACGCCCUGCUUACGCUGCUGCGAGUGCAAGAUGCCGCUGGACUCAGAGCAGCGUUGCUACGCGCGCGAUAGCAGCAUCUUCUGCAAGAAUGACUAUUUCAGGUUGUAUGGGUCGAAACGGUGUGCGCGGUGCAACACGACAAUUUCGGCAUCGGAGAUGGUGAUGCGUGCGCGCGACUUGGUGUUUCACGUGCACUGCUUCUUUUGCGCACUGUGCAACACUCCCCUGACAAAGGGCGACACCUUCGGCAUCAGGGAUUCGGCUGUUUACUGCAGGCUGCAUUACGAGACUAUGCCGGAGUACGGACCCCACAUGGCAGUGCCAGCGCCCCCGCAGAUGUGCCCAGGGCCAUAUGCAGGGCCCCCGCCAGGGCCCCACUACCCUCCCUAUCCUUCCCCCGAGUUCUCCAGAGUAGAGGCUGAAGUUCCUAAAGGACCCUUCUUUAACGGAGCCGCCGCGCCCCCGCCCCGGCAAAAAGGACGACCCCGGAAAAAGAAACCCAAGGACCAAGAGAUCAUGACGGCCAACCUCGAUCUGAACUCGGAAUACAUGGAGAUGGGGUUCCGUGGAGCAGGCGGCAUGGGUGGCACAUCACGCACCAAGCGCAUGCGCACCAGCUUUAAGCACCACCAGCUGCGCACCAUGAAGUCCUACUUCGCGAUCAACCACAACCCCGACGCGAAGGACUUGAAGCAGCUCAGCCAGAAAACUGGCCUGCCGAAACGAGUUUUGCAGGUGUGGUUCCAGAACGCGCGAGCCAAGUGGCGACGCAUGGUGACAAAGCAGGAAAACAAAAUGGCGGAGAAAUGCUCGCCGGACGCGUCGCUGGAGCUCGACAUGUACCACGGGCCCAUGGGUUCCAUCCAGUCGCUGCCCCCUCACAGCCCGCCGUACUCGGUCAUGGGCGGUCCGCCCAGCCCCAACUCCAUGGACUGCCCAUAGCCACAAUUUUGCGCCCUAUGAGCGCUCUGAACAUUUGUGCUAUUCUCGUGCGUGUCGGAAAAAUGUUACGGACUUUGGUGACAGAGACUCAGUGCCGAAUAAUACUUUUGUGAUGUAACAUUGUGAACUACGGCCGCCGACUGUUUCUCAAAUUAUAUUAAUCGGUAAGAUCUUAUAGAUGAAUCUCAAAGGUUGUUAGUCCCUUGAAUGUUUUACUUUGAAAGGUCAAAUUAACUAUAUUCUGGUGUCCACGAUGGAUGCUGAACGUUUGGCAACAUCGAAAGCUGGCUUAGAAGCAAACGUGCUAAGAAGGAUAUUGAAAACAAAUUCAGAUCAGAUGUAAUAUAAUUU